GGGAGGGCGGAUCCCGUGCCUGGGGACCGCCGUGGGAAGGCGCUGGACGGGACGCAGUUUGCGCUUCUUUCCCUUUGGUUGGAAGUGCCGGUGGUGGAGACGAGAUAGAGUUAAGGGGACAGCGGGCAGGACACGCAAAGCCUCCUAGGUCUUGAAUACAUGACGGGGAGUCGUUAGAGAACUGUAAGAGGCAGUGUUGUGCCCUAAAUUUUUAGAAAUUCAAACUAACCGUGAACUGAGACUGAGGCGUGGAAGGGAAGCGAGAGUGGAAACAAACAAAUUUGAAGUAAAACAUGGCUAAAAGCUUACGGAGUAAGUGGAAAAGGAAGAUGCGUGCUGAAAAGAGGAAAAAGAAUGCCCCAAAGGAGCUCAGCAGACUUAAAAGCAUUCUCAGAGUGGACAGGGACGUUCUGAUGAAGGAUGUUCAAGAGGUAGCGACUGUGGUUGUCCCCAGACAUGACCAAGAGAAAAUGCAGACUGUGGUGAAGGAUGAAAAAGAUGACAUGAAAAUGGAGACUGAUGUCAAGAGAAACAAAAAGACUCUUCUUGACCAGCACGGGCAGUACCCAGUGUGGAUGAACCAGAGGCAAAGAAAAAGGCUGAAGGCAAAGAGAGAGAGAAGAAAGGGGAAAAGCAAGGCAAAGGCGGCGAAGGGUUUGGCCUGGUAGACUCUGAGCAGCAUGGAGAGUGCCACGGACAAAUGUCCGAUUAGAACGCAUACCUGGAUUUCAGCGCCCAGCAAGACCAACCUGUGCUGUUUCCUUCAGUUCACACCCAGCAGGCCUCUUCAAGUUUGUUUCGGGAACUUUGAACAGAGCAUUUCUUGGAUGGGUGGAAGCUGUGCUGGUUUCAGCUGGGCGUUGCCCCGUGUCUGGUGUUACCAGACGUCCACAGUCUGUGGUGGUAAUGCAGUUGUGGGUGGUGUUCUGACAACCUGGUAUCUGUAGUCAGUGAAGAUAAGACAAAUGAUAACACUGACGAAAAAGGGUGAACUCAGCUAUGUUAACAUCAGUAGAUCUGAUUUUGUAUAAUUCAGAAUAAAAGAUACUUUGUGUUUAGA